AGUUCGUCCCAUCUUCGGCAAUUGGCUGCUUGAGGUUUUUUUUCUGUUCUUAUUCGUCCUCUCUUCAGAUGAAACGAGGUGAAGGAAUGAAUAGCUUGAGGGAAGGGUGAAUAACGACGUGAGAAACACCCACAUUCAGCUCAAGCCUGGACUGACAGAGCGGAGAAAGAGAGAAUUUGCUAGUAACCGGGACAGGCAGCAACUGUCGUGCAUUCUCAGGAUCCUCUUGAGAGAAAACAAUAUAAUAUACAUGUUUCAAAAGGCAUGCUGAGUGCUCCAGCCAUACAGUGAUAAGGAUGAAGGUUUUUGGACUCAGGAUAAGGACAUGGUGUCCUUUGGUCUUUCUUGCAGUAGCUGCACAUUUCACUAUCCAAGCUCAGGGUCAAGUUGUUGCUCCAAGAAGAUUACGAUUUAAAGUGUUGUCUCCAGGCAGAUUACUUGUAACAUGGAAGUCACCCAGGGGAGAUUUUGAAAGAUAUAGAUUUAUUUAUUAUACAGAAUCAGGAGGAAAGGCACAUGAAUUACAGCUCUCUAAGGGGGAUAACAGAGUAAUAAUUGAAGGCUUCCUUCCCAAUAAGGAAUAUACAGCCAAGGUUAUUGCUGUGAAUGGAAACCAGGAAAGCAAACCGUUACAAGGGAGGUUCAUGGCUAAAGAUUCUGAACACGAAGAGGAUUUACAGCCUCAUAAACGGAAGGAUACCAGUGCAGUAGAGGAUGAAAAUGAAAUAUUAGGAGACUCUCAGUUCGUUUGCAAGACUCCAGCUAUUGCAGACAUUGUCAUACUUGUGGAUGGCUCGUGGAGUAUCGGCAGGAUAAACUUCCGACUGGUUCGCAUGUUCUUGGAAAACCUGGUGAGCGCCUUCAGUGUGGGCUCCGACAAAACCCGAAUAGGUCUUGCUCAGUACAGCGGUGAUCCAAGAAUUGAGUGGCACCUCAAUGCGUACAACACAAAAGAUGCUGUGAUUGAUGCAGUGAAGAAUCUUCCAUACAAAGGAGGAAACACCCUAACAGGUCUUGCGCUGACAUACAUUUUGGAGAACAGCUUCAAGCCUGAGUCUGGAUCUAGGCCUGGAGUUCCUAAAAUCGGUAUCCUCAUCACUGAUGGCAAGUCUCAGGAUGAUGUUAUUCCACCAGCCCGAAGCCUUAGAGAUGCUGGGAUUGAACUUUUUGCCAUUGGCGUAAAGAACGCAGAUGAGAAUGAGCUGAAGGCCAUUGCCUCCGACCCUGAUGAAACCCACGUCUACAAUGUUGCUGACUUCAACAUCAUGAGCUCCAUCGUGGAAAGCCUGACCAAAACAGUCUGUGACCGUGUCGAAGAACAGGACAAGGAAAUUAAAGGGGUGUCUGGUGGCCAGGCGUCGCUGGGAGCCCCCCAGAAUCUGGUGACAUCUGAAGUGACGGCCAGGAGUUUCCGAGUGACCUGGACCCAUGCGCCUGGGAAAGUGGAGAAGUACAGAGUUGUGUACUACCCCACCCAGGGAGGACAGCCAGAAGAGGCAGUGGUUGAUGGGAGUGAGAAUACGGUAGUGUUGCAGUACCUGAACUCCUUGACAGAAUACCAGAUUGCUGUGUUUGCAGUGUACACCAGUGCUGCCAGUGAAGGACUCAGGGGCAGUGAGACAACAUUGGCCCUGCCCAUGGUGAAUGACCUGCAGCUGUAUGAUGUCACUCACAGCACCAUGAGGGCCAGGUGGAGAGGUGUAGAGGGGGCCUCUGGUUACAUGAUACUUUACGCCCCACUGACAGAGGCGGAUGUGGCAGAUGAAAAGGAGGUGAAAGUUGCAGAAUCUGUUAAUGAUAUAGAACUGGAGGGGCUGACUCCUGAAACGGAAUACACUGUGACAGUGUAUGCAAUGUUUGGUGAAGAAGCCAGCGAUCCUGUGACAAAUCAAGAAACGACAUUACCACUGAUCCCACCAAGGAACCUGGAGUUCUCCAAUGUAGAUCACAGCUCUGCCAGGCUCAAAUGGGAUGCUGCAUCUAAGAAAGCACGGGGGUAUCGCAUCAUGUAUGUAAAAACUGAUGGAGUGCAAACAAACGAGGUCGAAGUUGGCGAGGUUACAUCGCAUGUACUGAGGAACUUGACGUCCCUUACAGAAUAUACAGUCGCCAUUUUUGCCAUCUAUGACGAGGGACAAUCGGAGCCGCUGACGGGAAGUUUCACCACCAAGCCUGUGCCAACCCCACUCAAUCUGGAAACUAGUGAAGUAUCCACUAACAGUUUCAGAGUGAGGUGGGAGCAUCCAGCGUCUGAUGUUGUCCUAUAUAGACUUUCCUGGACUUCUAUGACAGAUGGGGAAACAAAAGAGAUGCUUUUAAAUGGAUAUUCGAAUACCUACGUCUUGAACAACUUGCUGCCAACAACUGAAUAUGAGGUGUCGCUGUCCGCUGUUUUCAGAGAUGAAACAGAAAGUGAUGCUGUGGCUGCUCUGGAGACAACAUUGACAAUGACAACCACCACCGCUACCACAACAACCACAACAACCACAACAGUUGUGCGCAAUGGAGUAAGAAACUUGCUCGUAGACGACGAAACCACCUUCAGUAUGCAAGUCUCCUGGGAUAUUCCUGACCAGAACGUGCGCCAGUUCAGGGUGUCCUACGUCACUCUGAGGGGAGACCGCGCUGAAGAGGCGGUCCUGGUUCCUGGCAGGCAGAAUAGCCUCUUACUUCAGCCCCUGCUGUCUGACACAGAGUACAGGGUUACUGUCACACCUGUCUACGCAGAUGGAGAGGGCACCAGCAUGUCAUCUGUUGGCAGGACCUUGCCACUGUCAGCACCAAGGAACUUGCGCGUGUCUGAAGAAUGGUACAAUCGAUUUCGCAUCACUUGGGAUACUCCCCCUUCACCCACCAUGGGAUACAGAAUCGUCUACCAGCCUGUCUCCGCCCCAGGACCUGCGCUGGAGACUUUUGUCGGAGAUGAUGUCAACACAAUGCUGAUCCUGAAUCUCCUCAGUGGGACUGAGUACAGUGUAAAAGUCAUUGCUUCCUACACAACUGGCUCAAGCGAUGCCCUUUCAGGAAAUGCCAAGACAUUGUACCUGGGAGUAACCAACCUGAGCACCUAUCAAGUCCGUAUGACAAGCAUGUGUGCACAGUGGCAGCCUCACCGUCAGGCUUCAUUAUACAGAGCUGUUCUAGAAUCCCUGAGUAAUGGACAGAGACAGGAAGUGACUCUUGGAGGAGGAACAUCUAGACAUUGUUUCUAUGAUCUUGUACCCAAUACCCAGUACAAAAUCACUGUCUAUGCCCAACUCCAAGACAUUGAGGGACCGGCUGUCACUGUUAUGGACAAAACAUUUCCAGUGCCAACUGAGCCACCGACGACACCACCCACUACCACUCCUCUUCCCACAAUUCCUCCUGCUAGAGAAGUGUGCAAAGCUGCCAAAGCAGACUUGGUCUUUUUAGUGGAUGGGUCCUGGAGUAUUGGAGAUGACAACUUCCACAAAAUCAUACGCUUUCUGUACAGCACAAGUGGUGCACUUGACAAGAUCGGCCCUGAUGGCACUCAAGUUGCCAUUGCACAGUUCAGCGAUGAUGCCAGAACAGAAUUCAAACUCAAGUCUUACGAUGACAAGGAAUCACUUCUGGAUGCAAUUCAGCGCAUCACAUACAAGGGAGGAAAUACCAAGACAGGAAGAGCCAUCAAGCAUGUGAAGGACGCUAUCUUCACUCCGGAGGCAGGAAUGAGGAGGGCCAUUCCUAGAGUGCUGGUUGUUUUGACUGAUGGACGAUCUCAAGAUGAUGUCAACAAGGUUUCCAAAGAAAUGCAGAUGGAAGGCUACAUCAUUUUUGCUAUUGGGUUUGCUGAUGCUGACUAUGGAGAAUUAGUUAAUAUUGCCAGCAAGCCCAGUGAGAGGCAUGUUUUCUUUGUGGAUGAUUUGGAUGCUUUCAAAAAAAUUGAGGAACAACUGGUAACCUUUGUCUGCGAAGCUGCAUCUGCAACCUGUCCAUCUGUUCUAAUGAGUGGCAAUACCUUAGCAGGGUUCAGGAUGAUGGAGAUGUUUGGUCUUCUUGAGAACCAGUAUGCCUCCGUUGAUGGAGUGUCUAUGGAGCCUGGAACUUUCAACAGCUUUCCCUGCUACAGGCUUCACAAGGAUGCCCUCAUCUCACAGCCCACAAAGUAUCUACAUCCCGAAGGACUGCCCUCAGACUACACCAUCUCUGUAAUAUUCCGCCUUCUGCCUGAAACUCCCCAGGAGCCCUUUGCACUGUGGGAAAUCCUCAACAAAGACAACGAGCCUCUCGUGGGAGUCAUCCUAGACAAUGGCGGGAAAACACUCACCUUCUUCAACUAUGACUAUAAAGGAGAAUUCCAGACUGUGACAUUUGAAGGGCCAGAGAUCAGGAAGAUUUUCCAUGGCAGCUUCCACAAGUAUGGUAGACUCAAAAUAGUGUGCAUGUUUCUUUGUCUCCUCGGUAUUUAUCCUCCGCUGAUCUGUUUGUGUUCCUGUGUCCCCCAGUUCCAGCUUCAGAUGUUUGACAUAGUUUGCAGUACAUCGUGGGCCAGCAGGGAUAAGUGCUGUGAGCUCCCAGGAUUGAGAGUGGAAGAGAACUGCCCAGCCAUGCCACAUGCGUGUACCUGCUCUCAGGACAGCAAAGGACCGCCUGGACCCCCGGGAACAUCUGGUGGUCCUGGUAUCAGAGGCCCAAGAGGAGAACGUGGAGAACCAGGCUUAGUGGGACCACAAGGGCCUGCAGGAGACAUUGGAUUGCCAGGACCCCAGGGGCCCCCAGGGCCUCAGGGACCAAGUGGACUUUCCAUUCAGGGGCCCCCGGGUUCUCCUGGAGAGAAAGGGGAGAAGGGGGAAAAUGGCCCACCAGGAACACAGGGGGUCCCCGGAUCAACUGGGUCUCCAGGAAGAGAUGGCAUACAGGGUCAGAGGUUUGCAUGGGAGGCACAGCAGGGAAUGCCAGGUAAAGAUGGACCCCAGGGACAGCAGGGCCCUCCAGGACCAAUCGGGAGCCCUGGAGCUCCUGGAUCCCCAGGGUCAAGUGGACCUCCUGGAUCACUGGGUGACCAGGGCCCUCCUGGUCCUUCUGGUGUGAAAGGAGAAAAGGGUGAAAGGGGUGACAUGCAGUCCCAAGCUGCUGUUCGUUCAAUAGCCCGCCAAGUCUGUGAGCAGCUUAUUCAGAGUCACAUGGCACGCUACAAUUCGAUCCUGAACCACAUCCCCAGUCAAGCCGUGUCCGUGCGCACAGUCCCGGGGCCCCCGGGUGAGGCGGGCCGGCAGGGGCCUCCAGGGCCACAAGGAGAACAGGGUCCCACAGGCAGGCCGGGAUUCCCUGGUAGUAACGGGCAACCGGGCAGACCAGGGGAGAGAGGUUUCCCUGGUGAAAAGGGAGAGAAGGGAAAUCAAGGAGUUGGUAUUCAGGGUCCAAGAGGCCCACAAGGACCUCCAGGGCCUCCCGGAGAAGGGCGCACAGGGAGUCAGGGUCAGUCAGGAAGACCUGGAAACCCCGGCUCUCCAGGACGGCCUGGCAGCCCCGGCCCCACCGGCCCCGCUGGCUCCCCCGGAUACUGCGAUGCAUCAACCUGCAUGGGUUAUAAUGUCGGAGGUGGAUAUGGUGACCCAACUGAUCAGGACAUUCCUGUAGUUCAGUUACCUCCCAACUCCUACCAAACCUAUGAGCCCACCGACAUGUACGAUGACGAGGACCCAUAUGCGUCGUUUAGAGGUUACGCUCAGUACCCCCAGUCUGCCUACCCCGCCCCCAACCCAGUCCCACCUGAAUCCUACCCCUCGGAAGAUGCCAUUGAAGUGAGAUCACCGGGAAUCCAGCGUUUCUCCAGAAGCCUCUCCAGAAAGAAGGACAAAACCCCCAACCAGAAGAGGACACUGAAAAGAGACUCUUAGCUCUAACGGGAGAAUCAAACUUAAGUGCUCAAGCAUGCUAAUGGCACAACCAUUUCAGCUGGAGUCAAAACAUGGAAAUUUUAAAAGUUUACACACCAUUUACAGUGAGUAAUUUUGAUUGUGCUGUUAGAGGAAAACCUGGAAGUGCCUGAUAUUUUUUUUGGGGGGGGGGGUUGGAAAAGAAAAAAGAAAAUGGUUGUACUAGUGUUUUUUUAAAGUUGCAUGUGGCCUUGAAGAUCAAGAAGAUAACCAAUCUGAUUGUGAGGAUAUGUUAUGUUUAUUUUGUGCAGUAAGCAUCUUUGUAAAUUACAUCAUGAACUGCUUUUGUACAGUUUUUGUUGUUGUAUAUCGCUAUCGCUAGUAUAACAUAAUCUGCAUUCUGUUGCUAUUCAAAAUCAACCUGUUUUGUAACCUAUUUUCCCCAAAACAGGCACUUCAAGGUUAAUUCUCAGAGGGUGUCACAGCUUACUGAGAAGCUCUAAAAGAGAACUUCAAAGGAAGUCAACAUCUAUUUUCAAUAGCCAUAAUAUAGAAUAUCAGACUGAUAGUGUGAUACAGGGUUGUUAGGAGCCUAGCACUACAGAAAGCAUUUGUAAGGCAGAAUACACCCUGGACAGGAGAGAAGUGCAUCAUCCCACACACACAUAAAUACAUAUAAAUCAAUUAUCACAGAUUGCAUUUUGUUUGGAUAUUUGUGGAAACCGAAACCUGCAAACUUCAUGGAGAAGGCACCCUAGGCCCUAGUCAAAUCUAGGGACUCAAGAACAAAGAGGCAGGGGUGCCUUCGAUCACACCACUGUUCACAAGAUCAGCAUUUCUGCUUAUAAUGUAUUAAAUCUAGAAUGAUGGUCUUACCAAGUCAGGAUAUUUGCUAGAACAGAAAUACAGUAGAUUGAAAUUAACCUGGAAGAGCCUGUUCUUGCAAAAGCAGGUCACGUUUUGUAAUAGCCAAAAUGUUUUUGCAAUUACUUUCUCUAUAGGUCCGAAAUAAUUUUGAAAGAAUUUCCACUAGUUUAUUUAUUAAGGGUUUUUUUCAUUCUCAUUUUCAUAGUGCCUUUAAUUUGUUUAAACUGAAGUAUACUGUCUCUCUCACUUGUGUCAUUGCAUACUAAAGAACACAGACGACAGUUGGAACAAUAAUCAGUCUUUAUCAUUUAGAAACAUAGAUUAAUAAAGUGGUAACAAAACUGGUAUUUUUCAAAGUAUGUUGUCAGGAAUCAUCUUUUUUAUUGUUUUUUUUUAAUGUCCACAUGAAAACUGAAAUUAUCUACAUCUAUACCUAGUGAAUAUAUAAUAACCUUUACAGAUCUGACAAAAACAGAAGAGGGUGUAACAAACCUUAAAAGUAUUAAUAUCAAAAGAGGAUUAAACUCAAUGUACAGAUGAAUUAAUGACAAAUAUAUAUUUCCUCUUGUACUAGGUUUAGUGAGUUUAACAAUGAUGAUAAUGACAAAGCACUAACAAAUGUAUAGAAAUUUGCCUUUUCACUAGUGAUUUAAGUGUUUUAAGUACCUAGGCUUGCAGCCUGACUCCCAUUCAGGAAGUUCCAGUCUGAAAUUGGAGCAGGUGUGUGAGAACCAAUAACACCAAACCUUUGAAUCCAGAAAUUCAUUUUUUUUGCAACCAAUAAAAUUGAAGUACAACCAAAAA